AAAAACUAAAUAAAGAGGGCGCUAAUGUAACUCAAAAUGGCGGCGCCCAUAAGAAGUGUUCUUGUUCAGGCGCAAAAGAUUGGAACAAGAAUAUGCUGCAGUAGGAGCUAUUUACAAACCAGACCAUCGUCCCUCUACUUUCAAUCAUUUCAAACAACCACCACACCUAAGCUCUUUGUGAAACCAGAAUUAAAGGCACAGAGGUACAACUUAUCAAAUCAGGCCAUAGUUACAGCAUCGUCACUGCAGAUUAGGUCAUACUCGCUUCUGGCUGGUAGUUGUAAUGUGGGAACUCACAACACAGGACUCCUGCAAAGAUUAGCGGCAGGAACGACACUAGCCCCACAGCGUCAGCCUACUAGAACUGUUAUCAGAUACAGCAGGAACAAGGGCAAGAAGAAGUCAGUCAGGGCCGUCUUAGAUAGAUUCUACCGCUUUGAUAAUGGCCUGUGGUUGCGGACGAUCGCCGGACGCAACAAGAAACGCUGGAAGAAAACACCGAGUCGUAAGAUUCGCAACAAGUGGCACGUCUUCUGCAGCAAGACACAGAGUAAGAAGCUGGACUUGAUGGUGUCCGGAUAUUGGAAGCGAAGACGUUACUUCCCGGACGAUCCCAUGGAGCCGUUUAAGGAGCGGAACUUUAAGGGGCUGAGUUUUUACCCAGGGCAAAAAACUCUGGAGAGGAUGGAUGACCCUUGAGUUUUGUAGAUCUACGUUGAGUGUGGUCGAGAUAUCUGUAGGCGAUACUUUUCAAAAGCAUAAUUUUAUCUUCUUCUUUUUCCCCCUGAGUUUACAUUAUGAAAUACAUUUUUCUGCAGGAAAAACAGAUUCCCAAUAAUAUCUAUGUUGCGGAAAUGAAAAUAUGUUUCAUAAAAGUCAUAAUUUAAAUGCAGUCAGGAGCUAAACUUUGACUUUGAAAAAUUGUUGAAGUCCUUAUUUAAGGAGUUACAGCGAUGAAUGAUUGUAAAUAAGAUACUGUUAAACUUUUGACACAUACAUACUGCAAGUUCUUCAAUUGAAAACAGCAUAAGUGACUUAAGUUUAACUUUAAGUUGACAGUUUUUAGCAUGAGAAACUCAAGACAACAAGGACACAUAAAAUCAAAAGAUUUUAUUUUGUGAUUAUUUGAUUUGAUUUAAUUUAGACAAAUAAAUACACAAAUUAAUAGAAUCAUUA